CUCUUCUUCCCCUCUCUCACACACUCAUUCCAUCUGCUUCACGAACAUGCGCCGGCUGCUUUCUCUGCCUCUCCGAGCGUCUUUGAGCUGUUUUGACACAUGCGCUCCCUCUCUGCUGCUUCUCUCUUUCCCUCUCCUGUCUCUCUCCACCAAAUCCCACCACACCUCCUCGUACCUCGCUCCGUCUCUCUCUUCUGUGUUUCACCCGGCCUGGGCAGGAAAAGGAGCGGUAGCGGAGAGCAAAGAAGGCUGAUAUCGAUAACAGGAAGGGGAAGUGGGCAGUGACCUGAGUGAGAGAGGGCUGCAGCCACGCAGCUGCGGUUCAACACUUUUUUUGGCCACUGGAUGAGUAAAAAACAUCGGAGGUGAGAGGAAGAAAAAAUAGAAAGAGCAAGAGAGACGCGGAAAAAACCUGUUGGACUCUCACCUGAGGGAAAAACCUCAACAACCCGAGGAGGGAUACAGACAUUUUUGGGUAAAAGCUCAACAGUUGGAAGGAUUAGAGUUUAACCUCUUUGACGAAAAACUCUAUUCUAAAGGAUUAGAGCUCUACCUGCUUCUGUUCCCACAUUUCUUCGACUCUCUGUCGUUCUGGGAUAUUCAAGAGGCAACAUCUGAUCCAACCUCAUCACCGACUUUAUCACCUGGUCUGAACAAAGGAUUUUCUACAGAAACCCGAGCGGAGAGAGAAACGUCACCUGCUGUGGUCCCGUCUACAUCUGACGAUAAGAAGAGGGAAGUACGGGCGUCAGUCGGUGGUUUGACCCUCUGUUGUGGUUUACGACCACAAGCCACUAAUUUGCACCCGAGCCUGCCAAGUACAGUUUGACUGAGCGAGGGAACACCUGCAGGGGUUUGGGCUUCGUACCAAAGCAAAGGUCCGAUCGUCGGCUGGGUUUGGACUCUUCUCUGUGAUGAUGGCUUGGCUCCAGCUGUGGACCAUGGGGCUCAUGGCCACGAUGGCCUUAUCCGUCUCUCUCGCCAUUGCGGAAGACUCUGACCUUCCCGUGGCGGAAACAGAGAAACGAGGCCCCGUCGCAAUCGUGAAGAAGGAGACGCACCCCGUCCUGUUCAGGCAGAAGAGAGACUGGAUCUGGAACUCUCUCUACGUGGAAGAGGAGAAACCUGCACCCAGCCCCCACAAGCUAGGACAACUGAAGUCCAGCCAGAACGUGGAAGUGAAGAGAUAUACAAUAGAGGGUGAAGGAGCGAACACCAUCUUCACCGUGGGUCCCAAAGGAGACCUGUACGUCACCAGAUUACUGGACCGAGAGGAGAAGAGUUCGUACCAUCUGAUCGCCAAGAUGUUUGACGGGAACAACAAGCUCAUAGAGGAUUCUGGAGAGUUUGUUAUCCAGGUCAAUGACAUCAACGACAACAUCCCCGUGUUCCCCAAACCAUACAAUGGGUCCAUUAUGGAGAGGUCCCCCGUAGGAACCAAAGUCGUUGAGGUGAAGGCGACUGAUGCCGACGACCCCACCAGUGCCAACUCAGAGCUCAAGUAUUCUCUGACCGGAGAUGGAGAAACUUCUGCUUUCGCAAUUGACAGCGUCACAGGUGUGAUCAGCUGCAACGUGAACACACUGGAUCGGGAGACUAAGAGUCAGUAUGUGGUGGUGGUCAAAGCCCAGGACCUGAGAGGACUCCCCACUGGCAACACGGCCACCACCUCCGUCACCAUCACCAUCACAGACACCAACGACAACAUCGCCUCCUUCACCCGGAGGGUCUAUGAGCUGCAGGUUCCAGAGGACCACAAGCUGAAUGAAAAGUUCGGGACUCUGGAGCUGGAGGACAGAGAUGAGAUCCAGAACAAAGAACCCAUCUUUACCAUUCUAAAUGAAUACAGCAAGGUGUUUAACGUUGAGCUCAGCGCCAGCAAGGACGGAAACCUCAUGCUCAAGCAGGCUCUGGACUACGAGACGAUGAACAGCUACACCUUCAAUGUCCAAGUGCGUGAAAACCUGAGAAACCUGCGUUUUCCUGCCGACAACGUGAACAGCGCCGUCACCACAGCUCAGGUAACCAUCAAGGUGGUGGACGUAGAUGAGCCUCCAGUCUUCUCCCAGCCCAUCUACACCUUCACUGUGGUAGAAGAACGGAUGGUGAACAACAUCGGAGUAAUCACGGCCAGGGAUCCUGACCGAGCCAAGAUGACCAUACGGUACUCCAUCUUGGACAAAGACUGUCCUAUCAGUAUCAACCCGCUCACAGGACAGCUGUCCACCCUGAGGACAUUAGACAGGGAACUGGAGGCCACACACAUGUUUCAAGUCAAGGCGCAGGAGGAGCCCAGUGGUUUGGAGUCAUUCGUAAAAGUGAACAUCAAAGUUCAGGACAUUAACGACAACAAGCCCGAGCUGGCAGUGGAUGAGAUCUUUGUGUGUGAGAACGACGUCACUAAUACGGUGAUAGGAACUUUGAGAGCUACAGAUAAAGACGAAGAGCCGCCGUCUUUCAGCUUCGGCCUCAGCGGUGAGAGCUCCAACUUCUCCAUCAGAGACAACGGCAAUAACACAGCGGACAUCAUGGUGAAACAAGGCCCGUUCAGCCUGGAUGACCCCAAGGAUUACAACGUGGACGUGAGGGUCAGCGACGGAGGACGACCGAUCCAGACCAGCAUCACCACACUGGCCAUCAAGUCGUGCCGCUGUGACGCCAGACGGAUUCCCACGCAGUGCAAAGCCAGCGCUCGGCGGAUGUCAGUGAGUGUCCACGCCCUCAUCGCCAUCCUGCUCUGCAUACUCACCAUACUGGUCAUCGUGAUCCUGUUCGGGAUGAGGAAACGCUACCAGAAGGAUUCUCUGGCCAGUAUUAAGAACAGCGGCGAGAUCCACGAGCAGCUGGUCACGUACGACGAGGAGGGAGGAGGCGAGAUGGACACCAACGGCUACGACGUCUCGAUCCUCAGCUCCGCCUGCCAGGACGGCUCGCUGCUCCGCCACGCCGACCGCCUCCCCCACCCCUCCCUCUACGCCAUGGUGCAGAAGGCCCCUCACCCCACCGCAUGCAAGGGCGACAUGGCCGCGAUGAUCGAGUCGAAGAAGGGCGAGGCGGACCACGACCGAGACGGCUUCCCCUUCGACACCCUGCACAUCUACGGCUACGAGGGACCCGAGUCUUUGGCCGGCAGCCUCAGCUCCCUGCAGAGCUCCUCCACUGGCUCGAACUUGGAGUACGACUUCCUGAACGACUGGGGGCCGAGGUUCAGGACCCUGGCGGAGCUGUACGGAGUGGACGAGCCCGACUAUUACCAUCAGUACUGAUGGACCAUGUCUGCUAACGAGCGUCCACGAUGCCAAAACACACACAUGUGCAAGACGGCCAUAAAAAUACACACACUCGAUGCAACAUUUAGUCACACACACACACACACACAUACAGAACCACACUUUCAUGCUGUCCACUUUGUUCCUGGGGGAGGAGCUUCGGUCUGCAGACGUCCCUGAAGACGCCUCCGGCUUCUAGAAUCCGGGCGCUCUCUCGUUUCCAGAGCAACUGCAACUAACUUUUGUCGUCGAGUGUAAUUCACUGAAUCAGUUAGUCAAGGGAGCUGAUCCAAGGUUUUUGGGAAUGUCUCAUUGCUCAAGGGAUGUUGGAAGGAGGCGUCGGGAAAGAUGUUUAAAUUUGCACCAAGACAAGAAGCUGUUGGAGAAAGUGACAUCGAAUCAUCUCCACAGAUUUUCAGAGAGGAUCUGUUGUUCAGAAACAUGAAGAUGUGUUUUAUUUCAUCGCAGCCGUCAUGGUUGAUCGUGGGUAAUUCAUGUUCUCAUCGGGUCAGCAAUGUUGUUCAUAUUCACAGCACCAUUUUGCAUCCCCCUUUUCUCAUCUCUCCUACAUGUGAAAGGUCAGUUUCUAUGCACUUAUAUUCAUCUACAUACACAACUACCAAUAUCUCUUAGUGUAGGAAUAUACAGAAUUACAUACAACUACAUAGACGACAGUUUUCAGUUUAUUUCCGUCUUACUGGGGAUGCAGAAUGGUGCAUGUCAAAGCUCAAGUUCUCCUUAUUUCUUUUUGUCUGUUUUCUCUUUAAACAUUGAAGUUUUUUUUUUUAUAUCUGAAAAAUGGGCCACGAACAAAGUGAGAACAAGGUGAUUUUACGUUUGAUCUGAGGUGGAGAAUUUGAUUUGUAAAUAUCGUCGCUUGAGUUUAGUUUAGUUUUAUUUUGAGGUGAUGUUUGAUCACAGCGAGACGUACUAAAAUCUGUACGGGAGGUUUAACUGUGAAAAGCUUUCACUGUUCAUAAGCCUAUGAUGUGCAGAAGGUUGUUUUCUCAAAGGAGACACAUUAUGCUUUUUCAGUUUUUCUCUCCUCGAGUGUGUUAUAUACGUUUUUUUGUAAAUGUCAAAGUUCUGCAAAGUUAAAACAAGAGCAGCUAAUCUGACACGCCCCCUAACACAGCCAGGUAAUUUCCUACAUGCACUGAAAGCGAUGGACCAAUCACAGCAACGUGGGCCAGCUGGCCAAUCAGAGCAGACUGGGUCUACCAGUAGGGGGCCUUAAAGAGACAGGAGCUAAAACCAAGAGUUUCAGACAGAGGCUGAAAAGAGGAGCUGCAGCGAUGGACAGUUUGUAAACCUUUUACAGCAAUAAUACAAAUUAAAAUUAUAAACCUAAAUACGUCUCGUUUAACAUGACACAAGCCGUUUGGCAAGAAUGAACGAGUUCCAGUUUUUUUUGUUAUUUUUUAAUUUUAUUCAAAGUUGUCACCUUAAAAAAUCUCUUUCCCUUUUUGUGUUUUCUGAAACCAAGCGUCUGAUAUAACUGAGGAGUAAUUUUCUGCUGUGAGAAGAAGAGAACAAUGCACCGACAGACAGACAGAGAGGAAAUGACGGGAUCGCCGCUCAGACAGAAUUACAGCGCGUUCCCAGCUUUUAUUUGACAGAACCCAUCAUCACAGUUAUUGUUGAGAUGAAAGCUCCAAAUCUCUGAGGCCAACGAGAACAAAAAGUCAUUCAGACAACUCCGGAAACGCAGAGUGGCUAAAGCAGCUAGUUGGGCAGCUGAGGUGGCUCGAAUAACUUUAACCUCUCAUCCCUUUUGGCUACUGACUGGUCUCAGAUCCAAAAUUACUGUUUCUCAUCCGAAUCUGGAACAAAAAUCAGUGGACUGGUUCUGCAUGAACCAGACUUGGAUCCUUUUACUUGCACGGAGAUAUUUAUUGUCUGUAGUUGGUGUUUUCUCACAAUACGGCAAACAAAAGGAUUCAUGGUUUAUCAUAUUGGGCUGAUUAGUGAGUUUUACAUUCUGAAUUUACACGUACAGUAGUUGCGAGUACGAUUAUUUUUCCAUCUGGAAGAGUAAAUAACUCCUUGGGGCUAUUGUGACGUCCCCAUUGUGAAUUACUUCUCAAAAACAAACAAUAACUUGUUGUGUAAUUAAUAAUUAUCUUCUUUAUUAUCUAAAAUGUCAAAGAUUUCAUUUUGGUCCGGUUAGUUUCGAUGUUAGGAACCUAACCUCAGGUUCCUUUUUACACGGGGCCGCUUAAUUUCCCUGAAAUGAUCUCUGGCGCUCUGAGAGGAGAAGGUUCAGCGUCCAUCCAGGAGAUUAUUGAUGGUUUCAGGAGCAAUUACACAGAAAAAUCAACAACUUUAAUGUCAGUUUGCCCGAUUGUAAAAUUGUGCCCAUUAAGAUCUGAUUGUCGAAGCAAUAUUUGAAUUCCUUCUUGUGUCCUCUGGUGAAAACUCCAUCACCACGCGUCUUCAUGACAGUCUUUGUUUGUUUUAUUCAAAGUUUAUUUGUCCUCCUGUUUAUUCUGUUGUGCUUGGACUCGAACUUGUUUCUUUAAAACUCCGGCCUGCUCGGAAUGCCAUCUGAUAAACGCUGCACACAAUAGCUGGAAGCCCUGUCAAUGCUUUCCUGUUGGCUUCACAUAUAUAUUUACUGAGAGCAGCCUGAUUCCUCCGCCUCGCUCUCGCUCCUUCUCCUGCUCUCUCGUUGUUUGCAUCACCGACUCCCCCCCACCGCCCUUUAAUCAGCUAAACCAAACAGUGGUCUCAGCUUCCUGUCCAUCUGGGGGUGGGCUGUGCCCGCCCCUUCCUGUCCGCGUUAUCUCUCUCCCGAGGCGACACAUUGUGCUCACUUCCUGUUUGGGAAACAGCCUCAGCCUUGGAGCGGAAAAAGGAGAAACCUGGGAUGAGGGUGAGGAAGAUGAAGAGAACAAUGUCGAGCGGCGAUGAGUUUUCCAGCUGAGCAGAAAACUCCUCGGCGCAGAGACGUCGCGACAUCCUGUUACCACGGCAACAUCCGAAAUCAAUAUCCAUUAUUCAGCUGAGUUUUCAGAUUUACCGAAAAGUGUCAUCAAAAGAAAUUUAUUGUUUUAAACUCCAAAGAACUUUUACUCUUUGUUAUGUUUCUAUAAAGUUUCUUUUGAGAACGAUGUAUUUAUUACAGCUGUUAUUGCUGCGGAAGACAUUUUCCAAAACAUUGAUGUUUUUUUUUAGCUGGUUUUAAAAGUCACGUCUCCGUUUACUGAACAAACAGUGAUUUACUUUUUCUGGCUUCUGCCUUUGAAUCAAAGAAAAAGAGAAUAGACUCAGAAUUUGAGAAAAAUACUUUUCAUUUCAGACUCGUGGUUCUCGAGGAGACAGUAUUAACUUUGCUUUUUGUGUUCGUGUAUUAUCACUUUUUCUUUUUUUUUAUAAUAAUAAUGGAUAUGUGAAGAAAACAAUCAGCCGCCUGCAGCAGAUAGCGAUGCCCAAUUAUCGUCUCUCCAAGCAGCAAUAAGUGUGAGGUGAGCUGAGGGUGAACCAAUCUGAGGCUGAUGUGUCAUUUGCCAGCGUUUUCCUCUUUCAUACUUAUUAUUAGAUGCAAUCAUUGAUCACUAAUUACACAAUUUCCACAUCCUCACAUGUACUUUUUAUAUUUUCCUCUGUGUUUUUGUAUUAAUGUGAAAACACACCAGUCUGUUCCACAGUUUUUAAGGUCGGUUACAAAACUGUAAGAACUCACAAUAUUCUGUUUCCGAGUCAUUUUAAUACAUUAUUCAAAAGUGUCACAUUUGUUAUUGUGGCUCAAAAUUCCAGCAACAUAACGACAUAAACAUAUUGUCUGGAAAUGUAAAAUAAGACAUUUUCAGCUCAAUAUGUAAAAUACAUUUAUUUCAGGCUUCCAUUUAAAUUUGUCGAGUUAUUUAUGUUAUUUGAUUCUCUACAAUGUCGACACGUCAAAACGUCACUGAUCACUUCGUUUUGUCAAGUUUCGUUGUUUAUUAUCCUAAAAAAAGUGCCAUAUUUAGAGUCAUUUUGAAUUUCUUUACCAUUACUUGUUGUGUGAGAGUCUUCGUUUCCUCCAUCACGUUGAAUUCAGACAUUAAAAAUAAAGAAUAAAUCUCUCAGGUUGAGGCUCCAGGAAAAAAAAAAAGUAAAAACUUCACCUUCAUGUCAAGAAAAGAAAACGUGUCACAUGAGACGAUAUACUGUUAAAAUACAGAUCUUUACAGAGUUCAUUGUACUUUCAUCUGUGUACCCCGUGUGUUGUUAAGGAAGCGUAUACUUUGAGUGAAAUGUACAUAUCUAUAUAUGAAAACUGUGCCUGGUCUCACCUUGUUUCUUUUACUUUAUCUAGAAGAAGUUAAACUUGCUAGAUUCUCUUUAUUGCUGUAAAAAGUUUUUUUUUUAAAAGGUUCAUUUUCUUCAAACCACAGAGGGAAUAGUGUGUGAUGGACAACGUGAUUUUCUGUUUGUGUCCACUUGUGUGUGUGUGUCUGUGUGUGUGUGUGUGUGUGCUUGCAGUUGAACCCAUGUACAUACACACAAAUAAGCAUCAAACCAAUAAAAAUAAGACCCACAUAGAUCUUGCUUGUGUAAAUAGACUGAGGGUAUUCAGAGGAGCAACAUGUGCCUUUAUUCCUUCAAAAAAAUACUGUAAUUCUUUUUUUCGGAUGGUGAACACAAUGUUUUUAUAUUGUUUUUAUGGUGUAUAACGACGACUUUUUAUUACCUGACAUUUUUGUAAGUGAAGAAUAAAAAUAAACACUUGAAUAUG